CUUCGCAGAGCAAGCAACAAGAGCAGUGAUCAUCAAAUCACCCACCCCACACACGGCCGCACGCACCCUUCCUCGCUCACGUCAAGUACUGCCACCCAGGCCAUCAUGUCACUGGCUGCCGCAGCGCUGCGUCGCCGCGGCGAAGCCACAAAGUCGCUGCGGCAACGGAGGUCUCUCCGCGAAGGCGUGCAUCAGCGCGUCACCAGCAUGAGUGACAACGAUGAGAAGAUCCGCGCCAUCCUCGACGCCAUUCUCUCCGAUGAGGAGACCACCCCAACAGACGAAAAGGUUCAUUUCCUGAACCAGCUCACCAACCUCUUUGGAAAGACGGCAGCAGCAGACGCCCUCUCUGUCAGUGGCGUCUCCCUCCACGAAAUCCUUGCAUCGCUGCGCAUGUGUCUUGCAAACUCGUCCACGCAGUUGCGUGCCGCCACUCUCCGCUGCCUCCGCCAUUUCGUCGCUUCCGCGGAGACGUGUGCGAUUGCGUACGACCUUGGGCUGGACUUCUUCCUCGUGCGGUCGGUGCAGCAGUUUGACACGCGCAUCGAGGAGGUGGAGCGUAUGCAGGCCAUGGCGCUCAUUCGCCAGGUCAUGCGCCUCGCGCCAGACGACUUCCCGCGAACACUCUCGUCGUGCGUGGCUGCGGUUGCGCAGUCCCCCGAUGACGCCCUGCGCAUGCUCGCCCUGGAGCUCCUCUGCGAGAUGGCCGUCCGCGCGCCCCACGCAUGCUGCUACUGCUUCGGCUUCGAGGUGAUGAUGUUGGUGGUGCUAGCGGUGAUUGUGGUGGUGGUGGUGGUGAUGAUGAUGAUGAUGGUGCUUUGGCUGGUGUAUCUCUCGGGCGCCGGCGGCAUCAAGUGUGUGCUGGACACCCUCACCCUCCCCGACAUUGCAACGGAUGAGCUUCAGCUUGCUGUGAUUGACAUGGUCUACGAGAUGCUCGUGCUUGAUUUCCCAGACACGAGCGAGACAGACGUCAAGAAGGGCUUCGAGGGGAUGUUUGGCAUUCAGACGUCUUUUCUGCGGAGAGAAAACCGCAUUGACCUGAUGGACGUGUAUCGCGCCGCCGUGCUCGUCGCCCUUCUCGACGCAAACAUCAUUGAGACGCUCGUCUCGGUCAUUUCGAACGUGGAUGGAGAGACGGUCGGCUGGCCGGCAACGGUGCUGCUGUGUAACCUGAUCCACCUCACCUCCCGCCUCCUCCCACGGCCCACAGCCACCUCCAUCCUCGUACGUGAGACGGCGCGGUAUCUGCGUGACAGCGCACUCCUGCCGCGAAUCGCCAGCAUCCUCGACAGCACCGCCGCCGGCCAGGAGGCGCCGCUGCUGUCGAAGCGGCGGGUGGCGACGACGCAGGCGCGCGACUACUUCCAACUCAUCGAGGCAGCAUCCUCUACAUCACACGGGCACAUGCUGCUGCAGGAGUCUGGCGUGCUGGUGGCGCUGCAGGCGUGUGCGCGGAACAAGGCGCGAUCUGAUUUGCAGGCGCUCAUUGCGCGGCACCUCGACAUCCUCCCCGACGUGCCGCAGGGAUCAGCCGUCACCGCACGCAAGAUCAUGGAGUCGCUGCUGCACCACGGUUCGGAUCGCGUCGUUGAUGCCGUCUUUGAGCGCUUCUGGCGCACCCUCUCCAGCAACCAGGACUAUGGAGGCUGCUGCCAGUGGACGGUGGCCGUUCUCAUCAAAUGCCUCUCUACAAAGCACGCGAUGCAUGCGCUGGAGCUGUUGCAGCGGGCAUGUGCACAGGACGCCUUUAUUGAGGUGGUGGCCGAACACGUGGAGGAACUCUGCGCAAUCAAGGACAUUGCGCGGCCGCUGCUGCUGCGAACACUGAGCCACGACGUCGCAUACAAGCGCAUGUCGAACCUCGGAUUCGUGGAGAAGGAACUUGCAGACUGCUCCGCUGUCACCAUCAUCACCAUCAUCGCCAUCGACCGCACAGCCGCCAUCACACUCCGGCCGACGCCAGCCCCAAUCUGGCGUGAUGCAGACAUUGCACAUGUCAUUCGUUCUGACGAAGAGGCGCCCCCUCGACAUGUGCAAGACUUAUCGCAUCAGCUCAGGCACGCAGCUGGUGUUCAGCAAAGAGGGCGGGCGGGGUCUGCCUCGACUACUCCCGGACCCAAGCAUGCAGGCCAAGACAUUGCCGUGCCGGACCCCCGGCAGCCUUCAUCCAGACCGCACGAAGCACGGCAGCCCAGAACAGACACCAUUGUGCUCGAAAACGCCACCACAACCACAAACGUGCACGACCUCACCACAUUCACGUGCAGGGACGUCAACGCGACCCUUUUGUUGGCCUCCCUUAUCCACAUUCGCCCCGUGUCGGUGCGCGGGCUGGUUGCUUGGCGACCCAUCGACUUUGUAUGUGCACGCCGCCGAUGCCCUGCCAACGUGCGGCGGGUAUGCCACGGCUCGGGCUGUGCCAGCAGUCUGCUGGACCACGGUGUGCCCCUCAAGCCCGCCGUCCGCACCACACGGAUUGCCCACUGA